AUCGAUUUGGAUAAGAUGCCGUUAGGACGAUUGUCGAAACGACAAAUAGACGAUGCGUACAAGGUGUUGAGCGAACUCCAGAAUGUAAGGUUUUCAUGUGAUACACCUACUGAUGCUACAAGUGACCAUUAUUUGGAUGCUACUAAUCGUUUCUACACUUAUGUCCCACAAAACUUCGGUAUGGUUGCGCCACCGAUAUUGAAUACAAAAGAGAAAAUAACGGAGAAGAGCAAGUUGUUGGAUGAGUUAGCAGAGAUUGCAAUCGCGUACAGUUUGAUGAAGUCAGAUUUCGUGGAGGGUGGCGAUGCAACGAAAAGUCAACUCGAUUUAUAUUAUGAAAAGUUACAUGCAGAGAUGGAGGUUGUUGAUCACGAGAGUGAGGAAUUCAAACGAAUAUCAGAAUACGUAAAGAAUACACAUGCGCCUACGCAUAAUCAGUACAACCUGGAGAUUAUGGAUUUGAUUCGUGUGCACCGUGAGGGUGAAAAGGAACGUUUCCGACGUGAUCUCCAUAAUCGUCAACUUCUCUGGCACGGAUCUCGUACUACCAACUAUGCUGGUAUCCUAUCACAAGGUCUCAGAAUCGCUCCCCCGGAGGCACCUGUCACUGGUUAUAUGUUCGGUAAAGGUGUAUAUUUUGCGGAUAUGGUCUCAAAAUCAGCCAACUACUGCUAUGCGAUGAAUAAAGAAGGUUUGCUGCUGCUCUGCGAUGUGGCGUUGGGUGAGAUGCAAGAAGAGACGCAGGCCAAGUGUAUCACAAAACUGAAGAAAGGCAAACACAGUUGUAAAGGCGUUGGUAGAACGAUACCUGAUCCGGAAGGUGCAUACGUGACAGAGGAAGGCGUAACGAUCCCAAUGGGCAAACCGAUCAAAACAAAGAGAAAGGAUUUAUCACUUCUGUAUAAUGAGUAA